CAAAAAUAUUUUUCACAGAACUGCAUGCAGUUUGACGACGGCCUUGCUCGCCUGCUUGCUGUGAGUUCUGGAAUAGCGCGGUUGCGCGGCAUGUUUAUCCGAAAACAUUCCAGGUAGCCGAUAUCUGUUGUUUAGCUGUCGAAGCAGCCACUUCAGCACGACCCUUUUUUGGCCCAAAGCUGCCAGCAGCACUUGGCACGUGAGAAUUUGCGCCUUUCGAAUUUCGUUACAGCCAUAGAUAACCCCGCGAGCCCUGGCCGAGGUGUCCAUUAUCGUUCACACCUGACCUGCUGGGCGCCAGGUUUCGAGGGCUUCUUUGUCGUGGGCACGCAUUUGCAGCCUUCGGAUAUAAAAACAGUCGGCGGAAGGACAGACCUGCUAGUUAUUGAACGGGAUAGCCUGGUGGGACGUGGAAAAUAAUGCUUAGAAGGAUAAUCGGCUGAGGACGAAGACUAGUGAAGACUCCGAUCAAGAAGACAGCCAAGAACAAUGGAGAAGCGAGCAGUGGUGCAGGUGCUGGUGGUAGUGAUUGUGGGGGUGUUGAGUUGGGUCGAGGCUCGACAGUACGGACUGGUGUGCCGAGUGAAGGACCCCUCUGUGGUGUCGGGAUGUAACGUGUUCAAGGACUGUUUGUAUGAGUUGUAUCCGGUGGAGGUGGCUCAGAAUUCCAUGGAUAUUUUCGGAGGCCACAACCGACUGUUUUCGUUGUACGGUGGUCCAAGCUCGUGUGGAUACUUUGGGAAGCUGAUUGCUACCCCCAAGGGACAGCUAACGUUGAUCGAAACGAUCAAGAAGCAGUUGCUGAAGAGUGGUUUCCGCGGUUUCGAAAUUCAGUGCGAUGCUGUAAUGGCAGAAGUUUCUCAGUCAAUCUACGCGAGCUUCCUGGAUUUGUUGCGGACUCAGCUCGGUGGUGGAUACAUCAUUGCCGUAUCGCUCAAGCACAUCCAGCUGGAGCAGUGUCUGGUCAACACACUGAAUUCUGCCGUCGAUUUGGUCAUCAUGCCAAUGGACUGCACCCGGGAUUGUAACAUUCAGCAGUUGACGAACGUCCAGAAUGCCAUUGCUCACGGUUUGGAUCGUCAAAAGAUCGUGCUCGAAGUGGUUGUUCCAAGUGUGCUGCGUUGUCCGCUGAACACUGGAGCGAGCAAUCUUUUCACGUUUAUCCAGAAGGCAGGUCACGAGGUGUUGGUACAAGAUCUGUUCGGAGCGAGCCUCCAGCUAGAUCGAGAUGACGUGAUGAACGUGUGCGGAAGUGGUCGGUUCCCGCUGUUGCGACUACUGAACUUCCAGCUAAACGGAGGUAGUGCCGUGGGUGGGGGCAGCGGUAUGAUGACCAAUGGAAUGGGCGGUGGUAGUGGAAUGAUGGGUGGAAAUGGUAUGAUGGGAGGUAGUGGAAUGAUGGGUAAUGGAGUUGGAAGCGGCAGCGGUUCCGGUGGCUGUAGCUUCACCGGAUUCGUCCGCGAUACCCGUGACUGCUCGCGGUUCUACUCGUGCAACAACGGACAACAAAAUCAGAUGCAGUGCCCGCUUGGAAAGUCGUUUGAUCUGUGCAGCAGCAGCUGUCAGCCGUUCUACCAGGUGAACUGUAACCAGACGUCGUGCACGCUGACCGGAGUCAUCGACGGAGGUGGUAACAAGGUCCCGAUUCCGAUUCCAUACCCGUUCCCGUUUCCUGGAGCUUGCGGAAACAACGGUGGGAACAUGGGAGGAAAUGGCGGUGCUGGUGGCACAAACACCAACAUAAACGCUACCACCGUCACCAUGCUCAACCAGCAGACGUCCGAGCUGCUGAAGCUGCUGAACGCAACUGACCUCGAGCAAACGGUAGGAAUCUUGAACAAGGCCCUGAAGGACGUCUACCCACCGCUGAAGGACGUCGUGGGCAAUGUCAACGAUUUGCUUUCGAAUCUUCUGCUGGGUAACCAAGCCAUGAACGACACCAUGGGACAAAUGGACGAGAUGCGGAGAAAGCUGGGUCUGCUGGAGAGCUUGCUGGAUGUGGUGUUGAACUUGCUCAAGAAUCUGCUCGGUCUGGAUCUGACUGGGCUGCUAGGCGGUGGAGGAGGUGGUGGGGCGGCCGACCCGUUGGCUCCCGUGACAGGGCUUUUAGGAGGAGCCACGGGUGGAGCACCGGCUGGUGGGGGACCUCUUGGAGGACUUUUAGGCUAAUGUUUUGAGCUGAACCAGCUUGUUAUCUACGCUGUACUUGUAAUUAUUCAAAAUAAAUUAUGUUUAAUCGAGCUUUGUGCUAUCGGACAUUUUGUUUUCGAAAGGUCCUAAUAGUACGUGCCACGCACGUG